CGAAGGUCAAGAUCAUCAUCAAGGUCAAGAUCGAAUAGCGCGUUCGUAAGCUCUAACAUUCCGAUUACAUCGCAUUCAGCAUGUCUGUCAACGCUACCGCUUAUCCACUGAGGCUACACUCCGAUCCUCAAGAGACGCUGGGAGGUUUCGAGAUAGAUACGAGUCGGGAUCGCAUGCCGUGGGAAGUGGUCUGGAACUGGCUGCACACCAAAGCAUACUGGGGCCAAACGCGAACGCGGGCGCAAUUCGAGAUAGAGAUGCCCAACUCGUACAUGAUAUUCGGGCUCUACGAUGUUCGAGAGCGCGUAGAAUCAGCAGCGGCCAAGGCGGGCAGCAGCAGCAGCAGCAGCAGCAGCAGCAGCAAGUUGGCAGGCUUUACGCGGAUCAUUUCAGACGGCGCAUCUUUUGGAUACUUGUCCGACGUUUUUUUGCUCGAAGAGUAUCAGAAAUUGCGACUGGGCACGCCCUUUAUGCGUCAUAUACUCGAUGCUGACGGACGAGACAGAUGGCGUUGGGUGCUCCAUGCUAGUCAUGCCGACACUUGGUACCAAGACAAAUUCGGUUUCAAGAGCAUCGGGAUCACCAGGCUCAAGCCUGAGGACAAGUCUACGGUCUUGAUGGAGAGGGAUGGACGGGACGCGCCGAUCAUUGCGGCACAGAGCACUGAAAUGAGUGCACAGGCGAUCGAAUCGGCGGUAGCACAAGCGGAUGCCAGCGCGGAUCUUUCGUCGGUGUAGAACAAUUGGGGAUCAUCAGCGGUGAGGGGCGUGCAGCAUGCCUCGCCACCACAGAAGCGUCGCCAAGAUCUUCGAUG